CAGCCCCUGAACAAAACGCAACGAAAGCCUUAGGCUACUCCCAGAGCUGGAAUAUACAAAUUUUCAAGCCAGCCCCCAAGCCCAACGUCAAUAUGUGGCUGAGUUUUUCAAUUAAAACGAAUAACUGAAAGUGGACCAACAACAACAACAAAAAACUCAACAAGUGAUGUGACAUUGUGUGUUUCUCUGUGUGUGUACGUGAAAAAUAGAAACAAAAAUUCUAAAACAUAAAAAGUAAAAUCAAAAAAGCAUUUCGCGCCAAGGCAUUCCUGUUGCCUGUUGUCCAGUCCUUUGCUUUAUAGAUUUUUUUUUUAUUUUUGCCCUGCGUUUAUUUUCACUGGGAUUUCCAACAGCUUGCGGAUUGUAUUUUAUAGUUUGGCACGCUUUUACAAACAGAUAGACAUACAUAUACUAUAAAAUAGAUAUACCUACAAUAUACCCAGAAGGGAAAUCGAUUGGAUAUAGAGCAGCGUGAGACCACAGCAAGAUGUCAUUCGAUAUAGCCGUGGCCGAUCAGAUGCGCAUUGCCCUGAACUAUGUGAAGUUCAAGACGAACCAACAGCGCCUUCGCAGCAAUGACAAGGUGAUAGCCGACACGCUCUAUGGCAAGGUGAAGGGCGUCAAGUGGCAGUCGAUUUAUGGAAACAAUUACUACAGCUUCGAGGGAAUACCGUUUGCCAAGCCCCCGGUGGGGGAGCUGCGAUUCAAGGCACCCGUGGAGCCUGACCAUUGGACGGAGGUGAAGCGAUGCACGCGGGUACGCUCCAAGCCGUGCCAGGUGAACAUUGUGAUGAAGUUGGUCCAAGGAAGUGAGGAUUGUCUGUACCUAAAUGUGUACACCAGAGAGCUGCAUCCAAAUAAACCUGUGCCUGUGCUCGUUUGGAUCUAUGGAGGGGGCUUUCAAAUGGGUGAAGCCUCCAGGGAUCUGUACAGUCCCGACUACAUCAUGAUGGAACAUGUGGUCCUGGUUGUCAUAUCCUAUCGCCUUGGAGCCCUGGGAUUUCUCAGUCUCGACGAUAAAGAGCUGGAUGUGCCCGGCAAUGCGGGCCUCAAGGACCAAGUGAUGGCCCUGCGAUGGGUCAAGCGGAAUUGUCAGUUCUUUGGCGGUGAUCCAGAGAAUAUCACAGUCUUUGGUGAGAGUGCAGGUGGAGCGUCCACCCACUACAUGAUGCUGACGGAACAGACCCGCAAUCUCUUCCACAAGACUGUGAUCAUGUCGGGUGCGGCAUUGGCGCCGUGGGCCCAGACCCCAACGCACAUCAAUUGGACCUAUCGUUUGGCCCAGGCCACGGGCUAUUCGGGAGAGCUAAACGAUCGCCAGGUGUUUGCUCAUCUGAAGAAAUGCAAGGCCAGCAGCCUGCUGAAGGUGGCCGACGAUAUUAUUACCAUGGAGGAGCGCCACCAGCGCCUGACCAUGUUCUGCUUUGGCCCUACCAUUGAACCCUACGAAACAGAUCACUGUGUGAUACCCAAGUCGCCGCUGGAGAUGAUGCGCAACUGUUGGGGCAACAGCAUACCCAUGGUGAUUGGCGGCAACUCCUUUGAGGGUCUGCUGAUGUUCCCCGAGGUGAACAAGUGGCCGGAGUUGCUGUGCCAGCUGGGAGAUUGCGAGCAUUUGGCUCCCAGGGAUGCGCACUUGGACAAGGAGCAGCAGCGGGCCUUCGGCAAGCAGCUGAGGGAAGCCUAUUUCGGCGAUAGGAAGCCCAGUCGUGAGACUAUUCUGGAGUACAGCGAUCUCUUUUCGUACAAAUAUUUCUGGCAUGGCAUCCAAAGGACAUUGCUAUCGCGUGCCCACUACGCUCCAGAGGCGCCCACGUAUCUGUAUCGUUUUGACUUUGACUCGAAGCACUUCAACAUCAUGAGGAUUAUCACCUGUGGCCGCAAGGUGCGAGGCACAUGUCAUGCCGAUGAUUUGUCGUAUUUGUUCUACAAUGCGGCAGCAAAGAAACUAAAGCGCCGCACGGCCGAAUUCAAGACGAUAAAACGUCUGGUGUCCAUGGUGGUGCAGUUUGCCAUAUCCGGGGAUCCCAAUAUACCGCUGGUCACGCACGACGAGAAGCAGCAGCCACAGGGCACAGGAACGGGCACACCCACAUCCACCUGGUUGCCCAUUUCACGUGAGGAUGCGGUGUUCAAGUGCCUGAAUAUCUCGCAUGAUGUGCAAGUGAUUGAUUUGCCAGAGGCCGAAAAAUUGCGGCUCUGGGAUAGCUGCUAUGACAGACGACUCCUGUACUGAAACACACAUUUUGGUUGGUUCCUGUCCCAGCACCACUCCCCUCAAUCUCUCAGCGACUUUGCCGCUUAUUUACCCUUAGCAAUCCGUAGGCCUUAGCCAGUAGUCACAGCCGUAGCAGUAGCCCCUAAGCCCCGGCCCUGAGGCGGCCUUAAAAGCACAUCAAAUGUACACAUGUAAAUAGCGAUUUUUUAUAGCUUAGCCUUAAGAGUAAAUACACAAAAAGAAACAGAAAAGGAAAAUAACAAGAUUAGGCAAAUAUUUUGUUUGGCUACAAAUUUUGUUGCAUCAAAAGUGUUUUGGUAAGCGGAAUAUUAAAAACUUUGUGAAAGAAAAUUAUUAUGUUAAGGACUGAUUUGAUAGAAGAAAAGCAUGUGUUGAAUGUAUUUUUUAAAUGGUAGUAAUAUUAAUAAACUUUUUUGAUAUAUAUUA